UGUAAAUUUUUGUCGGGCAUGCGCAAGCUCGCUGAAUUUUCUGUGUAAUAUUUGCAACGGUGAGAUUUUUUCCGUGAAAAUACCCAGUGGAAAUUGUUUAGUGUGAUGUUCUUAACGUGUUUCCGACCGUAAGUCUACGAUAUAAUUGGUUUUAGUGUGUGAAAUUGUGUGUUAAAAAAAUGUUGUUGCAAAGGUCAAUCUAGAAAAGGAAUAUUUUCCAAAUGGUGUUUCUCUUUAGGAUUACUUAUUCAGUGCUUUGUUCUAGACGUUUUCCUGCUCCAAAGUGCUACCAGAAAUCCUCGAGUACAUUCUAGAAUGCUCCAGAAGGUGUGACAAAAACCAGUGCCUCAAAGCCAUCUGUGAUUUAGUGUAGUGCCCUGUAGUGCGGUUAGUGCUCGAUAGUGCUAAUUAGUGCUGUGAAAUGAGAGGGGAUUGGACUUGGACAGUUUUGUAUUCAAACACGGACAAUUUGAUAGUUAUCCAGGAGGACCUAGAUUUGUAAAAGAUGGCGCACUUCCCCCAGCCCGCGUCGCUAGAGGCGGCCUUGCCGCUGCUCCUGCGGCCCGACCUGCGGCUGCGGCAGGCGCUCGGCGAGCAGCUCGCGGCGCUGGUGCGGCGCGAGCCGGAGAUAUCCAACGACCUCGCCGCGCAGCUGUUAGAUGCGCUCAUAUCCUGGCUCAACGGGGGGAACUUCAAGGUUGCCCAGAAUGGAUUGGAGGGGAUAGCGGCCCUGGCGGAGCGUAUGGGCCACGACUUCACACACUUCGUGCCUACCAUCCUGCCGCAUAUUAUUGACAGGCUGGCGGACACGAAGGAGGGCGUGCGCCACACGGCCCGCGUGUGCGUGUGCACUCUGGGCGAGUGCCGCGCAGCCGCGCCGCGGGCCCUGCUGGCGCGGCUCACGCCCGUCACGCAGCACAAGGCGCCGCACGCGCGCGAGGAGGCGCUCAAGUGCAUACACGCGCUUCUAGACACUCAUGGAGCGUCAGAGCUCCAACUGCGGGCCGCGGUGCCUAGCUUAGCAGCGUCGAUGGGCGACCCCAGCGGUGCCGUGCGAGACGCCGCCAUGCAGCUGCUGGUCGAUGUAUAUAGACAUGUUGGUGAGAGGUUGCGUCAAGACUUGAGGAAGAAAGAGCUGGUACCGGCUUCUAAGCUAGCGCUGCUGGAACAGAAGUUUGAUGAAGUUAGAGAAGCGGGACUUCUGCUGCCUACUGCUACCCAAGGCGUGGACGAGGCGGACUUCGUGGCUCGCACCGUCAAGCGUACCAUGACGAUACCCACGUCGGCCCGCACGAGAGACGGCGACAGCUCCGGCGCGUCCACUCCAGCGUGCGAUCCUCCGAAGAAGACAGUCGCGGGGCUAUAUAGCUUGCCGUCAGCUAAUAGAAAGCCUCCGCCCUCGAAACUUGGAAGCGGAACUGUAUCAAGUGUAGGCGGCAGCGGUUGCGGCGGCGAAGCGGGCGCGGUGUCUUCCGAAGCAUUCGAAGCAGCUUUCGCCUGCAGCGCCCCCGCAGCGGUGUAUGGCGCGAGGGGGCUAGACGACCUCUGUCGACAUGCCGCUGCGUUGCUAGGGGAUAGAGCAGCGGACUGGGAGAAACGAUUAGAUGCGCUCAAGAAAAUCCGGUCUCUGCUAACGGCGAACGCCCACGUCCAAUAUCCGACGGAGUUCGCGGCGCAUCUCAAGGACCUAUCGGUGCCGUUCCUAGUCGUCAUCAAGGAUUUGAGGAGUCAGGUGGUACGCGAAGCGUGCAUAACGAUCGCUCACAUGGCGAAGGUGCUUCGUAACAAGCUGGACCAGUUCAGCUUGUAUAUCCUCCAAGAGCUCAUCAACCUCAUACAGAAUGCUGCUAAGGUGGUGUCGUCAGCGGGCACGGUGUGCGUGCGUUACAUAGUGACGUACGUGCACUCGCCGCGGCUGGUGCCCGUAAUCGUCACCAACCUCACCACAAACAAGUCCAAAGAGAUCCGCUCCACGCUCAGUGAAGUGUUAGUCCUACUGCUCGAGAAGUGGCCGGCGCAGACUAUAGAGAAGCAACAGCAAGCGGUGCGGGACGCCAUACGCCGCGCAUGCGUCGACGCCGACGCGCACGCGCGGAACUGCGGCCGGAAAGCGUACUGGGCGUACAAGCGUCUCUUCCCCGAUGACGCGGAACACCUGUUCGCAAACCUCGACGCGGCUGCCCAGAAGCAGUUAGAGAGAGAGAGAAACGUCGGCAGUGUCGACAGUCUGCACCAUAUUGGACAGGAAAGAAGAACAAUUACUAGUCCGAGAAGUCCUUCGGCCAGUGUUUCAGAGCGGUCCCCCAGCGCGGGCGGCGCGGCCCGCUCGGUGUCCGCCGUGGACGCGGCGGCGGCGCAGCGCGCUCGCGCACGCGCGCUCUACUCGCACAUGAGCCGCGCCAAGAUGGCCGCCGGCACCGCCAGCCUGCCUCGGGCGAAGAGAUCCCCUUCGAAUGCGGCCAGUGGCGUGCCUCCCAGCCCUGAGAGAGUAGUCGGGCGCUCGCGCUCCCGCCCCGGAGUGUCGCAGUCACAACCGACAUCCCGCUCAUCAUCGCCGUCAUCUCGCAGCAGCGGUCCGAUGUCUUUGGCCAGCGCCCGGAGGCGACCCUCGGGGAUACCCCGCUCUCUGGCCAACUCCAGAGAGACUAGUCCUACUAGAACCGGACGUUCAAGCAGCGUGGUGGGCUCGGCCAUCAGGCGGCGAGAGUCCGUCGAGAGGACUGCGCCCUCCCGCACCCCCGCUGCCACUCUACGCCUGCUACAACAAACAAGAGACGCUGAGGGAUCUCUCAGGAGUCCGGAAGAUAGUUCGACGUGUGAGGGCGGGCGCAUGCGCGACGAUGACUCCGAAGCUUCUAGCGUGUGUUCUGAACGGAGCCUCGACUCGUACCGCAGGCAUGAUAGCGUAUCAUGGUCGGGUUCAGCGUCUCGCCUAGGAUGGGAGUGUUCACCCCCGCCGCCGCCGCCCCCAGAUGACAUCAUCGCGCUCUGCGCGUGUACGCACUGGACAGAGAGGAAGGACGGACUUACGCAUUUGGCCAACUACCUGAACAGCGGGCGCUUGCUCACCGAGGAGCAGCUCCGCCGCCUCACGGAGCUGCUCAACAAGAUGUUCGUCGACGCGCACACCAAAGUGUUCUCCCUCCUGCUGGACGCCGUCUGCGAGCUGCUGCUGGUGCACUGGCAGCAGCUGAAGGAUUGGCUAUACCAGCUCAUGUUCAGGCUACUAAUGAAACUGGGCACAGACAUCCUGGGCUCGGUACAGAGCAAGAUCAUGAAGACGCUUGACGUCAUCCACGAGUGCUUCCCAGCCGAGUUGCAGUUACAUAAUAUAUUCAGGUUCUUAGCUGACUCAGCGACGGCGCCCACGACCAAGACGAAGGCGGCCGCGCUUCGCUUCCUGGCGGACCUCGCGCACGACUACUGCACGCCCAACAGCCUCGCCGUUGCUCUCCACGGCGGUGCGUCGGGCAUCGCGGGCCGCGCCCUGGUGAAGGUGGCGACGCUGGCCGCGGACCCGCGCGCCGCCGACGUGCGCGUGUGUGCGAGGCGGGCGCUCGCCUGCCUCUACGACUGCAACCCUGUGCCCUUCACGGCGCUGAUGGGCGAGCUGCCCCCGGAGACACAGUCGCUAGUCAACGGCGUGGUGCAACAGCAUGUCCGGAGAACUUCCAGCACCGGCAGCGAGAGUCCGCUCCGUACUACGAGCGCGACAUCCAACUGCGCCAACGCCGAGGACGUGUACUCCCGCAUACGCAAAACCACCACCGAGAUACACACGUAUACCGCGCAACACGCCAACGAAUGCGGUAACCACAUGUCCAGUAAGGAUUCGGGCAUCAGCCAGAUGUCAGACGCGACGCUCUCCAACAAACCCAACGGGGUGCCUAAUGGACAUUAUAAUGCCGAGGUAGCGCGAGCGGCGUCGGCAGACAGUUCAGAGGAGGCCAACAGCACGAAGGAGUCCUCGCCGGUACCGGCGCACCACCGUCUUGACUUCCCGCAUGCAGAUUACAACUCUGGUCAUUUGACGCGCGACAAGAUGAAACUGUACGAGACGGAUGAGAACGGCUUCAUAAUUACCAAAUCGGGCCUCCGCGAACAAGAGGUCCUGGAAGCCCUCUGCAAGCUGGACGUGUCCCAAGCACCCGCCGAGCAGUGGGAACGGCUACUGCUGGCCACACACGAGAUACUCAAGUACGGGGACUGCCGGAAACCCUGCGAGUACUUCAAGAACAUAGUGCGGGUGGCGCUAGCGGCGUUGUCUAUAGAGGAGAGCUCUGGUGAUAAAGAAAACUCUGAAAACGCUUCCAAUGCACAACAGUCUUCCGGCUGGGGCUCGGCCAACGAGCGCGCGGCGGCGGAGGCCGUGAAGGUGCUGAUCUGGCUGUGCCGGCGGCCGGAGACACGGCCGCAGUGGCUGGACUACUUCGACCUGAUCCUGCUGAAGCUCAUCAACGCGUACGGCGCGCUCAACAAGGAGGUCAUGCGCGCCGUGGACGCCGGCAUGCCGCACGUGGCGCACGCGCUGCCUGCGCACCAGGUGCUCGCCCUGCUGAAGCCGGUGAUCCGUACACGAGGAUACCCCACGUCGCUGUGCGCGCUGAAGCUGGCGGCUGAAGUGGCCAAGGCACGCGGGCCGGAGCUCACAGACGACAUUGUCGGACAACUCAUGGAGGGGGUUGGGCAGCUGGCCGACCACCAGAACUCAGCGGUGCGCAAGGCGGCCGUGUUCUGUAUGGUCGCGUUCACGUUCGCGCUUGGCGAGACGCGCAUGCAGCCGCACCUCAAACACCUCUCCGUUAGCAAGUACCGACUGUUACAGGUGUACGUGAGCAAGCAGCGCGAGGAGUGUGCGCGCGCGCCGCCCUCGUAGCGGCGGCGCCGCGCGCGCACCGCCAGCCGCGCCACGCAGACCACAGGCUAGGCGGGCCCGGGCGCCGGCGCCGGCCGCUGGUAUUCUAUCGCCUAUUGCCGCCACGGAAAGUUUAUUUUACCUCCUUCGCCACCCAAACGGUAUAUGUAUAACACUUCGCACGGGAAACCUAACAUUGUAUUUAUAACGAAAUUGGUAUAUAAACUAUACAGUAUUUGUCUAGUAUUGGAUGCAGAAUGAAAAUAAACAUUUCCUUUACCAAUUAAAAUAACAAAUUGACUGGCACCUAAGUGACUUUCCUCACAGUACGACGCGGUUCGUUGACGACGAAACUUUCAAUAUAAACGGUUAUUGCACCUACCUGUCCGACAGGCUCGACGCGCCAAGGUCACGGGUGGUUACCAUGGUUACCAUUGCAAUGUUACUCCAGAAUUGCAGACCGAUGCGAUGUCGUAUCGCACUGUGAGAAACCUCACUUCAUCUCUCUAGCGUUAUCGUACGUAACCUAAAGAUGUGACAGGUCCGAUUUUUUACAGAAGCGACUACCUGUCUGACAUUCUAACCCGCGAAAGGAUAACCAAUCCAAUACAGGUUAGGUCACAUACCUCCGAAACGCAUUCGCGAAUGUGGAUUUCUUACAAUGGGGAAAGUUAUUAAAACAUGGUUUUUAGGUUAUGUUAUAAUACACAGAAAUAAAAUAAAAAGAAAUAUUAAUAAAAAUAAUUUGAAUAAAAAUCGGUUACCUAAUAAUAAACAAAAAAGUCAACAAUAUGCCGAUAGAAUACCAUUGGAAUCGACGAUAUAUUAUGGAUCUUAAUUCUUAUUUGUAUAAGGAUGAUUUGAUUUUAAUUUAUUAUUUAUUUACGGAUUGCGGUACGUGCUGAAUUUAAUAUUUUCUUUAAAAAAAAUAAUCAAAUAAAAUGAUACAAAUACAGACAUAACACAGCACCACGCCUGUAUCUCCUGAGGGGUGGGAAGAGGUGCAUAGUAUACACACCCACUCCUAGCCAGCUAUAUUUAACACUGGCAUAGCUCGGCCUUUGUAUGUUGUCCAACGCAUUUGACCGUAUUUAUGUAUAUAAAGAACAUAAGACAUGGCUGUACGGGCAUAGUUGCCUUUGCCUUGCGCUUCGGGGAAAACAUAAAAAAAAUGUUUAUGGUGUAGGCUUGAUGUUUCAUACAUUACUAAGGAGCUACUAGCAGAAAGUUUGCCCUUGUCAUCUAAGGUUUACUUAAAAAUCAGAACAAAAUCACAAGGAAAAUAUUAAAUUUUUCACAGAAAUAAAUGACUUUGACUGUUUUUUUGUUUGUUUGCCAAAAUCUCGGGAAAGGAUCGCGCGCGUCAUAGAUUAGAUAAGGAUAGGUAAGGUAGUGUUGAUAAUCGAAUUGAGUCAGUCUCGCUGAGGCUUAGAUAAUAUAACAUGACAAACUAUACAAUACAGGGUGUUAGUGACAUCGUAACGAAUACUGAGGGGAUGAUUCAGACCAUGAUUCUGAGUUGAUAUCAAGUGGAAUUUUCAGUCUGAAUAUUCAAGAAUUUUUUUGUGUUUUUUUUAUAAUUUACAGUUCCAUACUUUUGCGACGGAAAAUUCCGCUUGAUAUCAACUCAGAAUCAUAAUGUCAAUCAUCCCUCAAAGUUUUCGUUACGAUGUCACUAACACCCUGUAUACGUCCCACUGCUGGGCACAGGCCUCGUCAACCAACCAUGAGGUAUGGAGCAUUAAAUUGGAUAGUAUGCUUCGUUGAAUAUAGCUUAAUUAGAAUGACAUAACAUUACGCCUGUUGGCAGAGGUGUUUGGUAUACAGUUAUACAUACCCAAUCCUCGCCAGCUAUGUUUAAAUCCCUCGUAAUAAGGGGCGGACCUGCCAUCAACCGCACAAGUCCUGGUAACCUCACUCUCUUUAUUUAAGAGCUGCACUCUUGUCGGUGGAGUAAUCGCCUCCAUUUUCAUUACUCCAUAGAUAGGGCGUGUAGAACGGUGGUUGCCCCAAUCGCCUUCCUUUCCGCAGUACACCGACCAAUUUCUCAAUCGGUGAUGUUCUAGCUAGAGCCCUACCAGAAUCCACUUCCUCGGCCUCCAACCAGUACUGAUACCGCUGCUGCCCGGCAUCAGGGGUAACCUUUUGAAGUAGCGGCGCCUACUCGCUACGUCACAAGAUCGUCAUAGAACCUAAGUAGCAUUUUAUAGGUUAGCCCGUCCCAGUGAGCUACCCACUACGUUCUGCUAAUCCUGUCGCUGUUUGGUCGGGGACUGCUUAUUUUUAUAUUCGCAGCUAACCAUUAUAUCUGAUGGCCGUUCCACUAUCCGCCACCUGUGGACCCCGUAGAUGGCCUACAGCUCAGCCUACUACAACCACGUGAUAUCAAUUAUCUGUCAUCUAAAUAUGAAUUCAAGUGGUUUAAAUCCCGAGCUGAGAGUCGAACCCUUAACAUUACGAUGGACGGUCACGAGUACUAAUAUGUAUACACUUUGAAACCAUGUCACUUUUUUGACAAAUGUCAAAUAUAUUAGUGCGACAGGGUUGUAAAAUGUGUACAUGAUAUUGCUCAUGACUGUAAGUGUACGAGUGCGUACAGUCAUGAGCAAUAUAAUAUACCCACUUUAGGACUCUGUCGCACUAACAUAUUCGACAUUUGGUGAGACUCACAGUUCAAUUUGUCAAAAAAGUUAAUGUGACAUGGUACCAAAGUGCAUACAUAUUAAUGCUCGUGACCGUACGGGUCCCCUAGCCCAGGAUAUGAAUAAAACUCCAAAAUCCCGGAAAGUAUAGACAUUUAUCGAUCCAGUUGUCUUCUCGACGUCCGCGAGGCGACAUUUAUUGGGUGCCACAACUUAACCUAACAAAAUCGUAUGCGUUUUAAAAUACACGUGGCGCCAUCUAUGAGCGUUCGCACGAACUAACUUUUUAAUUGUAUUACAAUAUUUGGACAGAAAGUCAUUAUUUGUUCUCCGAACAGAGCUAUUACUAUGUGCUAAAAAGCCGAGAUAUAAUGUCUGUUAUUUUAAUCGAGCUAUAUUGUAUGGAGCAUAAAUGUUGAACUGUGUUAAGGUUUUAUAGUAACUUCUAGUUUGGUGAUCGAGGUACCAACAAUAAUACCCGAAUUAAAAGCAAACGCAAGAAGCCUCCAUGAGACCCAAUCGCCUUGUGUAGCAACAGUUAGAAUAAAUUUUUCAUACUUUAGAUUUCCAUAGGUUCACGUUGCCAUAGUAAAAAAUACGUGGCUCAAACGAGACGCCGAUGGCUGUAUAUAACGGUAGAUUGGUGUGCGAUGAACAAAUUGUAUGUUUGUACGAAAUUCCGCUUUAAGUCUUAGAUUUUUCUAAAUAUGUAAAGCUCAUAAAACUACCAAUUGCAAUUUUAUUUCUGUCAAAUGGCAACAUUAAUGUCACUCAGCCAAUGACAGCGCGAGAGCGAUAGCAGUGUUGCUAUUUUAAGAGUAGAAAUAUUACUAAAAUUGGUAGGUUUUGUUUCUGCUGUUAAGUGUUUUUGAAUUAUUUUUUUAAUAUUUAAAAGGCUAUGGAUGUUUGACACGAGUUUCAAAUUGUAUAGGAGUGAGCGGAAAUUCAUUGACGAAUUUAAUAUAUGUGUUAAAUCAGAACCAUAAGUUUGAUUAUUUUACAGCGAUUUCAUAACGUUAUAAUCCGUCUUUUUAUAUAAUCCACUAUGAUUUUGCAGUUGAACGCUGCGCAAAGGGUUAUAAUGUAAAAAUGUAACCAAAACAAUAUGUUUGUUUACUCAAAUAGUAUGGGGAACAUGAGCGACACCUGCGGGGUUAAAAUGGCCUCAUUGACGCAAUUCAUCUAAGAAAGAAAUAUUGCAAUUUGACAUUUGCGCAAUUUAAAAGUAAGUGCGCAGUGCAAACAACUGUCAAAUAGCAAUAUUGCUUUCUUAGAUGAAUUGCUUCGAUGUGGCCAUAUUAACCGCCCUGAUGGGAGAAAUAGGCAGUUAUUAUCCGCAUUAGAUUGGUUCUCGAGUUUUACUGAGACAAACAAACAGCAGUUGAUUUUCAUAUUUAAAGAAGAUUAGCAUUUUAUAAUUUAUCUUUGUUUUACCCUAUUAUACAUCUGCUUAUGGAACAAAUCCUACUUCAAAUUCGUCAAUGAAUUUUCGCUUAAAACUCAAUCAAUUUUGUUAUAACAGAUGUGUUAUCGAUGUUGUAAGUGGCACAGUUCGAUGUUUGUACAAAGUGGUCGGUGUAUGGUGAUGGGUUUGAUCAUAGCUGGACGCAUAACAGAAGGUCAAGACUGUAUUCCAAUUGGGGUAGUCAGAGGUACAAUCAUCACGUGGUGAACUAAAUUAGUACCCACGCCUCACAGAGCUUUCCAUUAGACCCUGAUUAAAAAAAAUAUAUAUAUUUUCCGUUAAUAAUUAGCAAAAGCUGUGCUUUGUCGUGGUCAGCACGUUUGGUAUUAAUUUAUAACUAUGUCAAAACCAUCGCAUAGCGUCUGCAACUUGUAAAUGUUAAUGUUUUGUCAAAAUGAAGAGAAAUGACUCGAAAAUGCAUUCCAACUAACAGACACAGAAAUUAAAAAAAAUAUAUGAUCGAAAAAUGUUGAUGGAAAAUUAAGUUUGUUUAUUUUUUCAUUUAGUCUAUGGUUAUAGAGAAGUUACAAGACAAAUAAAUUGCACUUUAACAUUUAAUUGCAACGAUCAUGUACUUAGUUAAGAGACUUUUUGUAAUUAUUUCUUUUUAUUUUGGUGCAAUAAAGUGUAUUUGUAUUGUAUUGUAUUGUAUUGAUCAUAAAAUAAAAGUUAAUUUGGUCAUAAAACAAAAGUUUAAUGUACUUACAUACAUAAUUAAACUUUCGCUUAUUCCCCGAGGUAAGCAGAGACUAUGGAAUUCUCUUGCUUCCUCCAUAUCGUAAAAAAGUUAUAAAUUGUUUUUAAAUUCAUUACAAGUGCUUUCUCUAUGACCAUAGACUACAUAAUUUAUCGUUUUCUGCAUAAAAUUGGUUGAUAUUCCAGUAGGAGACAUUUUUGGCACCUACCAAGAAUAUUUACAAGUCAUUUUAAUUUGUAUCAAAAUUUAACUGUCAAAUAUUCUGUGUUCUGUGUCAUGAUAGAUCGUGCCUUUACUGUUGAGUUGCGUUUCGUUACGUUCUAACUUGUAAAGCUUGGAGCAUUGACUUAGAGCGUUUGGUUGUGUGGGUUGAAAUGUUCUUAUAGUACUUUUCCACUCCACUCGGCCUCAGUAGUAACGACCCUAGGGCAGUGCGAGGUGUGCCACCGCACCGGGCGCCGAAAUAGGGGGCAGGGAGCGCCAAAAUCAACCAAAAAUUUCACCGUGGCCGCAAACUAUCUUUAUCGGUUUAGAUAGCGGCCACAUAAAACUCAUACCGGGUGGCCGUAAACAACAUUCUUAAAGGAUUUAAAUAGGUGAAGGAGACUGGUCACGGCCCAUACAAAAUUAACCCAGGCCCGGCGCGAAUGAGACUUAUCUGAUAAUUUUCGUAAAAUUAGGUAAAGUAAAUCUAAAAAGUCCGUAUCGCUGAAAUAUUUGGCGAACGAACUAAAUGUUGCGCCUUAACAAAAAAAUUAGGCAAAUUUAGUAUGUUCGCCAUUUAUUUCAGCGAUGCGGAUUUUUUUGAUUUAAUUUACCUAAUUUUACGAACAUUAUGAGAUAAGUUUGUUUCGCGCCGGGCCUGGGGCCGAAAUGACCAGUCUCCUUUCGGUGGCCGUAAACUAAUCAAAAAUUUUUGUAUUUUUCCAACCGGGUUACCACGGCUAGCUAGAAUAAUAUCUCUGAGUGCUUUAAGAUAUGCGAAGCAACUUGAAAACGGUUAUCCAAUAACUUUUAUAUGAACAUAACUUCCCACUCAACCAAAUUAAUGUAUAAAUAGGAAGUUGUAAAAAUAAUGUUGUUGUGUGAAAAUCUAUGGGUUGACGUCAGUCGAUAUUGGCUACGUCGUACGGUAUGGGAGGCGCAGUUUACGCGUGUUUGUGAGGUAUUGUAUGUAUUAUAUUGUAUUUUUCUUUUUUGUAUGAUAGUAAAUGUGACUUUGGCUUUGUUGGAUAUCCUACAGAUCGAUUUAUCAUACGAAUAAUGUUAAUACAAGAUUUUUUUUCCUCCCCAAUUUGACAGCAUAGCAUAGCUUCACGCCUGCAUCCCUAAAGGGGUAGGCAGAAGUGUAUAGUACACCCACUCGGCUAUGUUUAAAUCCCAUGUAAUAGGCGGCAAGUUUAUCGCCAUUUCGGAAGGGUCUAUUUAAAAAUACUAUUUGAUUUAUAAAUAAUAUUUCACAAUGAUAAAUAUUCGUAGAAACCAAAAAUACGGGUGUCCAACAUUCGCUUAAUACUUGUCUCGAAAGAAUCGCUUAGUCAAAGCUUCAUCAAAUUCAGUACAGUGAAACUUGAAUAUUCCACAAAAAAAUAAUAUAUUCGCCAAAAAGGCACGUUUUCGAUAACUAAUAAUUAUUAAUUUGUCGAAAAAAAAAAGAAGAUUGUAAAAAAUAUUUUCACAAAAUGGCGGUAGGUUUAAUAUUUUUGUGACGGUGUUUAGUACGGUUGAGAUUAUAGAAAAACACUUCCAAAAGUAUUUUUUAGAAGAAAGAAAAUUAACUACAUGUCAUAAAGUACAUAAAAAUAUUUAGUAAAUCAUAAAACUAAAGUUACGUUCGCCGCGGAGGUCCGUGUUGCUCUAUGUUCGCAACUUUACUUUUAUGAUAUACAAAUCUGUCUUGAUUCGCUUUUGUCUGUACAUACAUAACUUCACGCCUAUUUCCCACCGGGGUAAGCAGAGACUAUGGAAACCCAUUUGCUUCGAUCCUGACACACUUCCCUUGCUUCCUCCACAUUCAUCAAUCGUUUCAUCUAUCAGCAGUUUCUAUUAAAUAAUAUAUUACAUAAAACAUAAACAGCCUAUAUACGUCACACUGCUGGGCACAGACCUCCCCUCAAUCAACCGGAGGGGGUAUGGAGCAUACUUCACCACGCUGCUCCACUGCGGGUUGUUUUUACGGCUAAUAGCCGGGACCAACGGCUUAGCGUGCCUAAAUAAAAAAAUAAACCGCGUGUGCGUGUUAAAUAAUAUAUGACAUAAAAUACAUACAUACAUUUUUCGAAUAUCAUAAUCCCUAUACUCCCUAUUAGGGUAGGCAGGGCCUUUUCGCAUCCAUCAUAUCCGCGUUAGGACUUCAUAUCAACAGUGGCUGCAAGUUGUCCUUGAUUACUUGUGGCUCUGCCCACCCCUUAAUGAUUAUGGGCGUGAGUUUAUGUACGUAGGCCCGUUUCGCUAUAUCGUACAAAAUGUAUAACAAAGUAAUUUCCACACUAUAAAUUCUUUUCGUACAAAUGACAUGUAUUUUUUUUCUCUUUGGACAUCAGUCAUUCGUAAGGAAUAACUAUAUUUUUUUUCCUAACGCUUUAAUGUAAGCAACUAAUUUUUUUUUUUUAUCAUGUUUAUUUUACCUUAAUGUUAAUUAUUGUAAAAUAGUUUCACAAAUUUCAGUGUAUAAACUCUUUUCAGGUGAAUCUCAUUUUUGUUUACUUCGCGUUAUAAAGGUGCGGUGUAAAGGUGUACACAGAUUAGCUACUAAAUGCGUUUGAUAUGAAUAGGGUAGUUUCCAACUAGUCAAAUCAGUUACUUUUUAAUAAACGUCAAAAGAUCAAAUUACUAUGGAAUGUGUAUGAAAAAGCAACCUGUGACGUCAUAGAAAAACGUGAUAAAAUUUCGCGCUUUUUAUUACAGUUUUCUUUAUUAAAAUUCAUAAAUAAGUUAAAAAACUUUUUGUCAGAUUUAGAUCGGUCUUAGUCAUCUUUGACCUAAGAAACUACCCAAUUCUAUGUUUUUUUUUUUCUUCUGGCUUCCGCGGCUAGCGAUGCGCCAGUGAUAAAUCGUGAGUUAGUCUUUAAUAAUAAUUAUCUUUUCAUAUUGUUACUGUGCAGUCGUUAAAACGAGGAAACUUUUCAAUAAUAAAAUAUACCGGAUAGGGAACGGAACCAAUUCUAUGUUAGUGAGUCCGGGAGAUGUUGUCUUGUCCGAUCGCAGCGCCAUCUACCGGGUCCGCUAGUGAAUCUAAACCUACCAAGUCCACUGAAGCAGACAAAAAAAUCUUCUAAAUCGAUCGACACUCAAUAUCAAUCUAAAGAUAACGAAAAAGUGUAAUGACCUCCUAACUAAUGAAUAAUUCAUUUAUUCGCUUUAAACACAUAAUGGUGCUAAUUCCUGCAGACGCCAUCUAAUUUUAUUUUAAGUUAUACCCGUCAUUUUCUUAUCCGUUGAAAAAGAAAGCGACGGGUAAUCGACAGGCAUAAAAUUUAUGGAAUACACGUCAAUUUUAAGCAGAAAUCUAAAACGACCGUCUAAAAAUUUUACAUUGGCCCAUAACCCGACAGGGUUAAGUAUACAGCACGUCAAAAGGAUUGCAUACCAGCGAGAUGCCUAUUUUGUUCGCGCGGGUUGUUCAUUCGUUUUAAAAUUAACUUGUUGACAAUCAUCCGUCCCUUUCCUUUUCGGCGGAUAAGAAAAUGACGGGUAUAAGUUAAAUAAAAUUAGGAUGUGUCUGCAGGAAUCGGGGUCAUGAAGAACAUUGAACAUUUAAAUAAAACAUUACAUGUCAUUUUUUUAAGAAAGGACUUCAUUACACUUCAUCGCCGAUAUGUAAAAGAGUUUGAAAGCAAUAUUACCCAGGAAGCCAAAUCCUUUUUUUUUUUCAUUGUUCAUAUAUUUUUACUAAUUCCGUGAUCGUUUCGUAACAGAACACAUUUUUUUUUUAUUUAGAUUUGAAUUGAUUUGAUUUUUUCAUUGGGCAGUGUCGUUUAGAAUUAAGUCGCAGCGGAAAAUAAAACCUUGUAUUAUCUUUGUUGAUUUCGCUAUAAAAAACUUAAUGUUCAUACGAAAUUGGUAUAAUAUAAUUAAAAUUAAAAAAAGCUAUGCGAAACGUCUGUAUGUAUGCACCUUUACAAUAUUUUAUAAAAGUGUGAUCAUGUUUAAAACUCAUUUUGAAUAUUAGUGAAAUAUUCCAAUACUAAUUGAUAUUUCACCAAUAUUACAGAAUUGUUAUUUAAUGUUGUAGAAAAUGUUUCAUUUCUCUAUUCUUUUAUUUAUUAAUAAAUAUGUUAUACAUUGAAAUUUGUAUUCUGUAUUCCGUUUUACACAAACAUUCAUUUCAUAAGAAUACUACGGAUCUAAUAUUAAAUAAUUACAAAUCUCCUAAAUAAAUAUAUUACGAAAUUAUGUAAAAAAAAAACGAAUAAUAAUUGUCGAAAAAUACAAAAAGAAACGUCUGUUACAAUAAAAUAAUUUAUUAGACUUAAAAUAUCGUGUCGAAAAGUUGUUACAACAGGCGUCAUUGUAUAGUCUGUACAUAGACAAAUUAAGUAAUACUAGAAUGUCGUUUUUUCAAUAUGGCGCCUUAAUAUUUUUAAUACUUUGUGUAUUUUUCGAAAAUUAUUUUAGGCUUAUAAAAUAUAGAAAAAAGAUUUCGUCAUUUGUAAUAGCAUAGAAAUAGAAAUCUAAUUAUAUAUGAAAAUGUUCUUAUGAAAUGAAAAAUCCGUGUAAAACGAUGUUGCUUCUUGAAAAUGUGUGGGACUCGUCCAUUAUAUUUAUUAUCUGCUGUAAAUUAUACAUAGACAAUACACUUUUACUUUUCUGACAUUUUUUUUGUAUAAAAGUUGACUUCUAAUUACAAGUUUUUCGUAUUUUUUCUUGUAACGGAAAUGUAUUUCUGCUACUUUUUCUUAUUUUUCCAUAAUUUCAUAAUUAUAUUGAAGUGUCAUAUACAUAUUCAAGAAGCAAGUUAGGAUCCAUUGCAUUUAUCUUUAAAUUAACAGCUUUUGUGCCGCUGUGUCAAACAUACACGUAAUAUUGUAUUGAAACGGUUAAUAAUACUGAUAAUUAUAUUAAUGUACUAUAGUUAUGAAUAAAAUGAUUUUUAAGCCUUUA